UCUCUAUCGUGUUCCUUGCUGCCGCCUUCUUCCUCAUAGAAUCCUCCAGGCACUCACUACCGCCGACUCCCUAAAGCGUUCAUCUCUCUUCGUCUGAGUGCAGGUCACCCUCUAACUUGAUACGACUUCCUUUCAAUAUCCACAUCGGCUUGUAGACAAAAAUGUACUCCAAGCUACUCGCCAACCUGUUGCUCUUUCUUUCAAUCUUCCGGUUCACACUCGCCACCUCCGAGCAAACCUACGAUCAUUCGACCAUCAACCUUGCCGCCCGACAGAUCUCUACAAACGCAGAAACAUGUCUCGACUACGAAGUCACAGCGAACAGGUCAACGAUCGGUGCAAACAGCACCUACCGUUCCGCCUUCUUACAGAAAUCGAGUACGGGCACUAUGUACAAUGCGCGUAUGCUUGACGCAGCUAGCAAGAAGCUACCUGCUCUGACCGCCAAUAAAGAAUUGAACGACCAGUGUGGUAAUUGGACGAAGAUUGCUUUCGAGGGAGCGCAGGUCAACUUCACGAAUGGAAUUGUUGCGCAAUUUUCGACUGAGGGGUUGCCGGUGGGCAUUAAGGCUGGACCAGAGCUUAUCGGCAUCAUUGGGGGCAUCGCUACUUUAAUGUCGGUUGUCUGGGUGUUCAGUUGAGAAUCCCAUCGGAAUUGGCUCCGGAAGUGGACUGUCAUACAUAAGCGAAGAAUCCCUGAUCGACAUCCU